AUGGGUCGGGGACGCGGACCGAAGCGGGGCCGACCCCCCAUGGGACCCCCGGCUGACGACUUGCCUCCAUUCGACAUGGGGCCACCGGGCUGGGGUCCUCCGCCGCACGGGGGCUGGGGUCCUCCGCCGCACGGGGGCUGGGGUCCUCCUCCGCCGGACGGGUGGCCUCCUCCGCCCGAUGAGUGGGGCCCUCCGCCGCCCGGAGGAUGGGGCCCUCUGCCGCCAGAAGGAUGGGGACCCAGAGGGCCUCCGCCGCCAGACUGGGACCCCAGAGGCCCUCCGCCGCCGGGCUGGGGGCCUCACCCCGAUGACUGGUUGCCCCCUCCGGAGGACUGGGUCCGUCACCCAGACCCCUGGAGGCGUCCGCACACCGACGACUGGAGGCUCCGCCCCGAUGACCUGAGGCUUCCCCGGGACGAAGAGUGGCGGCUCCGCCCCGAGGACUGGGGCCCCGAGCGGCCGCUCCCUCCGCCGGGCUGGGGACCUCCGGACUGGGGUCCGGAAGGUCCUCCUGAGCCGUGGGGCCCCGAGCCCGUCCCGCCCGGACCUGUGCCACCUGUCCCGCCUCCAGUGCCCCCUGUGCCCCCUCCGGGUCUGCCGCCGUCUGUCGGGAUCCCUCCGCCGGAUCCAGCAGCCUUCGGCCCGGGGCCGCUUCCUCCGAUCCCCCCGCCGGCCUGCGUGCCUCCGUUCGGGUUCCCGGCCUUCCCUCCGCCCGGCUGGACAGCGGAGACGGUGGUGGAAGAACCGAUGCCGAACCCGCCUCCUGACCAGCCCGAGUGGAUCAAAGCUCUGAUUUCAGCUCCGGCGGCCGACUCGACUCCAGCGGAGACUAAAAAACCUCCAGAGGAGCCGGACGUCGCCAAGCCUGCUGCUGCUGAGCCAGAACCAGCACCAAAACCCAAACCUGAGGCCAAGAAGAGCUGCAAAGCUCUGGGGCUGCUGGGAAAGCGAACAUUUGAUAAACCUCCUCCAGGAAGAUCGACGGGAAUCAUCUCCUUCAUCGGGCCGACCUUCGGCUACAUCGAGCGAGAGGAUCUGGAGAAGUUCACGUUCAGCUUCGACGCCUUCUUUGGGAACCCUAAAGCCAUGACGCCCGGAGUCCGGGUCCACUUCACCGCCUGCAAGGAGAAGAAUAACAGCUUGAUAGCGACGGAUGUGAAAGUGGCUCCAGGUGGAACCGAGAACGUCGACACGGAGAUUUACGAAGCCGUGGUCAGUCAGCCCAUCGUGGUGCCGCAGCCCGGCGAGCGGGCGUAUCCCGGCCAGGUGUACGUGGACAUCGGGCCGCUGAGGACCAACCUGCCCUUCGACAGGAAGGACAGCACGGUGACGCUGCUGAAGAACGACCAGGUUCUGAUCAACCUGCUGACCGACAUCGUGUCCGAGAAGAGGAGGGCGACCAACAUCAGGCCCAAGAUCCCCACGACCUUCAACCACACCGGGGAGGUCCGGGAGAAGGGCGUCAUCGUCAGCCUGAAGGACGGCGAAGGCAUCAUCAGGUCGGAGGAACACGGAGAACUUCCCUUCGACACCAAAGAGAACUUCAGCGACGUCGACUUCACCGAUGAAGACGUCAACGAGGAGGUCGAGUUCAGCGUCAUCGAGCUGAAGUCGGGGAAGCGAGCGAUCAGGAUCCAGCGAGCGAAGGAGCCCCUCCUCCUGACGCUCUGCACCGCCUCUUCUGAUGUCAUCGCCGCUGAGAAGGCCGACAGCAACAGCGACAGCGACGAAGAGUCCUGGAGGGUGCUGAAGAGGAAAACCAAGCUGGAGCUGGGACCCAACAUGAGGCUGGACCCGGAACUGUACGAGGGCAUCGUGAGCCAGCCAAUCAUAGAGCCCUCGCCCACCAUGCCGGGGUAUCCCGGUCAGAUUCACGCCAACAUCGGCCCCAUCAGGACCAACGUGACGUUCGACCAUCGUGAUUGCGGCGUGACGCUGCUGAAGAACGACCACGUGCUCAUCAACCUGCUGGUUGACUUGGUGACGAGGAAGAGGAGGGCGGCAAACAUCAAGCCCAAGAUCCCCUUCACCUUCAGCUACACCAAGGAGACCAGAGAGCUGGGCGUCAUCACCUGUGUGGGACCAGAGGAGGGCGCCGUCACCUCAGAGGAGCACGGAGAGCUUCAGUUCGACGUCUGUGAGAACUUCAGCGACACAGAGUUCAACGCCGACGACGUCCACAGAGAGGUGGAGUUCACCACCAUCACGGUAAAGUCGAAGAAGAGAGCCAUCAGGCUGAGGAGGACGAAGAAGAUCGAGGACCAAAUCCUGCACGAGCAGAAACGACGAGAGGAAGAGGAGAAGAAGAAGAAGAAGAGGGAGGAGGAAGAGCAGGAGAAGGAGACGGAGAGGAAGAAGAAGGAGGAAGUCGCUGCAGCGCUGGCAGCCGCCAGAGACAAAUGGACGCCGCUCGGCUUCAAAAUCAGAGAUCCUGACUCGCUGGACGACAUCAGCAAAGAGCGAUUCGAAGGAACAGUCCUCAAAGCCAUCUCCAAAGCUCCACGCAAGGAGAUCAAGAAGGAGCCGGAGGAGGUCAAGGUGGAGCGAGGAGGCGCCGAGAAUGGACAGACGGAGAACGUGGAUAACGGUGUGAAGGUGAAGGUGGAGGUGAAGAAGGAGGACGAGGAGGCGGAGUCAACGCUGGCAGCAGGGGGCGGAGCCAAACUGAACCAAGAGAUGGGUCGACUGGUGAUGACCGUCGAGGGUCAACAGAAGCAGCUUCCCUUCUGCCCCAAAGACUUGCUCAGUAGCGCCACCAUGUUGGACGGAGACAAGGUGCGUUUCAACAUCGCCACCCAUCGGGAGUCCAAAGAGGAGCGAGCGACAUAUGUGGAAAUCCUCCCCGACUCCUUCGAGGAAUCCAUCGAGCAGCGCCGACAUGGCAUCGUGAUCGAGUUCUCCCAGGACUCCGGUCUCAUCAAGUGCACUCAGAACCCUCAGCUCUACUUCCACAUGUCCGAGGUGAUCGAGAAGAAGAAGCUAGAGCUGAACGAGAAGGUCGAAUUCAGCGUCAUCCCGCAUGAGACGGCGGACGGGGGUAACCAGGCCAUCAGGAUAAAACGCUACACAGAGAGCGUCUUCCUCCCCGUCCGGAAACUCGGAGGUGUCGGUGCAAACAAAGGAAAGAUGACGAUCAAGCUGACAAAAACUUCAGAAGAUGCUGAGAAGGAAAAACCAGAGACAGACAAGCUGAAGGCUGUCGUGAAAAACCUCAGAGCGCAGGACAGCAAGACGAGCAGGAAGGAUCACAGCACCGCUCGGCGUAAAUAUGGCCGCAGCCGGAGUAGAAGCAGGAGCAGAAGUCGGAGUCGGGCUCGGAGUAGAAGUAAAAGUAGGAGUCCCCCCAGAGACCAGUUUGGACGUGUCGUCAAAAGGAAACGCAGCUCCAGCAUUGAUCGCGACCGCAGGAGCAGCAGGUACAGACGCAGCCGCGAGACGUCGCAUCGACGAAGUAGAAGCCGCUCGAAGAGUCGCAGCAAGAGUCACAGCCGCAGCAAGAGCUCGAGCAGGAGUCGCAGCAGGAGCAGGGAGAGGAGCAGGGACCGGGCUGCCAAGAAGGGGAGCAAGGUCAGCAGAGAGCGUGAGGAAAGCCACAAGAGGAGGAGGGAGCUGAGUCCUCCAACCAGGAGAGGAGGAGUCAUGGACGACGAACUGGCGAGGAAGAAACGGGAGCUGGAGGAGCUGAAUGAGAUGAUUGCCUACAAGAAGUCACUGGUGGACCCAAGAGGACUGGACCCCGGCCAGAGGACCUGCAUAGACUAUGACCACGGCAGGAUUGCUGUCCCGCUCACUGAGUACAAACCGGUCCGUUCCAUCCUGAAAAAACGACCGGAGGGACCCGAGUACCUCCAUCGUCCGCCUUACGAUGAUCCUUAUUAUGACCGGGCAUACGCCCCUUACCAAGAUCGGCGGUAUGCGGAACGCUAUGGCGACCCGUACACCAGCCGACCCUAUGCUGAUCGACCUUAUGCUGAGCAUCCGUAUGGGGAACGCCCUUUUGAAAGUCGUGUUUAUGGUGAACCUCCCUACAGUGGCCCAGUACCUGCCACCCGUCGGUACACUGACCGCUACGAUGUUUAUGAUGAACCCUAUGAUGAUCGCUACUAUGACCCGGCAUACACGGACCAACCAUAUGAUCCAUAUCUCCCAGUCAAACGGAGCCAGUCUCCUGAACCCCACCAUCUUUCGCCCCCCUCCCAGUCUGGCGAAGUCCCUACUGCUUCUACUCAACCUCACUUGAAACAUCCUGCUGCCAUUUCAUCCUCCCAAGACCCUUUCAGACCUCCUUCUCCGGUAGAACCACCUCCUCGAAGCCCCUCUCCAAGAUUGAGGGACACCACCUUGUGUUCGUCACCUCCCGCUGAGAAACCACCUCUGGACCGCUUCCUCGACAUGCUCAACAAAAAGGUGGAUGCUGAAAGGAAAGCAGAGCCAGUUCAUGUUAAUGACGACCUUCUGCCUCAUGAGAGGGCUCUUCAGGAUGGCAGGGGCUUCUCCCGGAUUGUGGGAUUGGCUCAAGACCCGCCUAGCAGCAGUCAGGUUCUGGAAGUGGAGCAGAAGCAACCAAGUCCAAAACGGUCCUCAGUAGAGAGAAUGAAUGAGGAUCCAAAGAUAGAACCCUACGACAAGAUCCAAAGUCUGCUCCGUACAAUCGGCCUAAAGCUGAGCACUGGAGAUGUAUCCAAACUGGCCAGCCGAGCACAGGAGAAAAUCUACAGCCCCAAGUCGUCCUCCACUGAGAGAGAGACUUUAUCGUCCCCGAGGAAAGACCUGCGACCAGCAAGAACCGGUUCUGUUGAAUUGGAUCACAUUCAUUCUCCCUCCCCUGUCAGAUCCUCCAGUUUGGAACCGCUCAGCAGACAUACAACCACCGUGUCCGAGUACGAGGAAUUCCUGGACCAGCAAGAGUUGGAGGCUCUAAAGAAGGCGCAGCAGCUGCAAAGUCUUACCAAGACGAUGGGGACCACACCCUCCACCACCCCUUCUCCUAAACCACCUCCUGUGCCUCCACCUGCUCACUACCAACAUCCACCCCUACCAAUCAACUGGCCACUUGGCAUCACCUCCCACAUUUCUUCUUCACAGACUUCCACAUCAACAAGUAUGGGAACUUUAUCUCCUCCUGCAGCUGGACAGCCACAUCAGAGACCUCCAGGACCUCCCCCUGGACCUCCUCCACGGCGUCCUGGACAGCCACCUCCAGGACCUCCUCCUGGCCCUCCACCCCGACACCCUCCCGGACAACCUCCUUUUGCUCCACCCUCCAGUUAUUCGGUCUUGCCUUUUAUCGGAAAUCCUGACCAAGCUCUUACUUCUAACUCCUCCAGUUCUCCACAGCCUUUAACCACUGCCACAGUAACACCACCAUUAUCAACACCAGCAUCUUUGAGUCCUGCAGGCGAUGACCCAUCAGCCAUCUCCACGACAGUGGCUCGGUGCUUGAAGGUCAUAGAGACAGUAAAAUCUCUGGCUGUGCAGCCACCAGCCAAACCAUCCAAAUCGGUCCAGUUCAGUUUACCCACAGAGUCGACCUCAGCUGCCAGUCCUCCGACCUCAGCACCAACAGACGACGACAUCAAGACCAAGCAGAAGGAAAAGUUGGAUCUGUACAACCAGAGGCUUUUGGAAAAAAGAGAGCAGCAGUACAAAGAUAUGCAAGCUCGCAAGAAACAAGGAGAGAAGGACGGGACCCUGGUCGCUCCAGGAAAAGCGAUCAGCAGCGAACCCAGGAACGUCUGGAUCUGUGGACACUCGCUGGUGUACUGGGCCGAGUCCCGAGCCAAGUCCCCGGAGGUAGGUAUGCAGCUGGGCAUGGACCCCAGCAGGGUGUCCAUCUGGUGGAAGGGAACUCAGGGCAUGACGUGGUCUCAGCUGCUGCCUCAGCUGCACCAGCUGAAGGUCACCUGGCCAAACCCCGACGUCCUCAUCAUACACCUGGGAGGCAACGACCUGAGCACCGACAGCCCCACCGACCUGCUGGCCUCCGUCAGGAAGGACCUGACCUCCAUGAGGAGCAUCUUCCCGCGAUGCGUCCUCGUCUGGUCCAACAUCCUCCCACGCAGGGUUUGGCGGCACUCAGCGGACAACCACGAAGUGGAUCUGGUCCGAACUACCGUGAACCGCCGCAUCCAGAGCAUCGUGUCCGAACUGGGCGGCGCCUCGCUGAGUCACGAUAACAUCCGCUGCGGCGCCAAUACGGGUCUGUAUCGGGCCGACGGCGUCCACCUGUCUCCUAAAGGCAUCGACAUCUUCAACCUGAACCUGCAGGACUUCCUGGAGAAGUGGGAUCUGGAGGUGAGCGCCGCCUCUGAGCAGAGCUGAGCUGUUUUAUGUUCUUUUAUUUCCUUUCACAGCCAGACGGUCGCAUUUAUUGAAAACUGCAGCUCCUCAAAGUCCAGUCAUGUGUUUAUAGUUUAACAUGAAGCUGAAACGUGUUUGUGACGUGAAACAAUAAAGUCAGAGUCAACAAGUCUGCUGUUGUGUCUUUUCUUGGUUUUCAUGUGCUGUAUGGUUUUGCUGAGUCACAGCUUUAGACGUGGUCGUUAAUCUCCAUAACGAGUGGUGCUGUGGGCUCAUUCAUAUUUAUAACAUACAGAAUAAUGUUUGUGUUGUCUAAUGAAGUCCAAUCGAGUCUCGGCCUUAAUGUGUGUCCUGGUCAGGACAGGUAGUGGUUUAUGUUCUUUUGAUUUUUGGUGUCAUAAACGUUACAGGCCAGCAGUUGUGUUAAAUGCUUGAAAUGUGACUUUCCAUCCAACCACCAGCUCAGUGGAGACUUUAGGAAGCUGUUGACCUAAAUGACAGGUUAGGGCGAACCCAGGACUGUUUUAUGGGUUUCACCGCUUUGUGUCUGUUGUUGUUAAAAACUGAAUAAAAAGUGUUUUUUGG